CCCCACUCCUCAUUUCAAACGAGUGACUCACGGAGAACACACUGUCCACCAACCCACGGUAAAACCACAAGACACCGGAAGCUUGGUACCGCCUACUUGACCCCACAGUGUACGGAAGUUCUCUGGACACGACGGUUACCCAGACUUUCUCGGAAAUGUACGGCAAGCUGAUCGGAGAGCUGGACGGGUCGGGCCACUGCAGUCCCGCGUCUAUCAUGUCCGACGAUAGCUGUUCGUCCAUGGCUACUACAGCAAGCCAGGACUUUGCUGGAUCUGGGAACGAGUUUACAUCCAACCUGAACACACUGGCCAACGCCGCAUCAGACCCAAACAUGCAGUGGAUGGUCACCACCUCCAAUGCCAUCUCCAACUCUGCCACUCCUGCAGCUUUCACCAAUGCAGUCAACGUGGCAAACAACCCAGAAAUCAAAGUGUUGCUGGAAGCCGCAGCACGCCGCCGGAGACGCAUCCCAGAUCACGAGCUGCCAUAUGAUGAGCGUGAGAAGCGCCGUGUACGCCGUGAGCGGAACAAGCUGGCUGCAGCAAAGUGCCGCAACCGCCGCCGUGACCUUACUGAAGAACUGAUUGCACAAACUGAAGACCUGGAGGAGGAGAAGGCUGGGCUGGAGGCAGAGAUCGCCAGUCUGCAGGCUCAGAAGGAACAGUUACAGUUCAUCCUCCAGGCACACAAGCCUGCCUGCAAGAAGCUACGCACAGACUCGGACUCAGACAGCACCAUCACCCCCUCCAGCAGCCCUGGUCGCAAGUCCACCUCCCCCAAACCCGCUAACCUGACCCUGCCGCUGACUGCCAUCACCACCUCCCCCAGUCUCAACACACCCAGCAUCACCACCUGCGCCCUGACCACGCCCACUCUCACCACGCCCAACCUCACCACCACUCUGGAGUCCUUCAUGUCGUCCCUGGACACGCCCACCAUUGUGACGGCUUCCAGUGACUUUGACACCUUCACCACGUCAGCAACUCUGACCACGCCUACCAUCCCAAACAUGGACGGAGUGUUUGCUGAGCCCAACCCAUUCACCAUGGCAACAACGCCCUCCUCCAUGACAACCUCCCUCUUCAACUAUCCCCAUGUCACGGAGACGUUGGACCUUCCCUUCCCCACCUCGGGACAGGCCUGUGCUCAGCAGGUGCAGCGCUCCAGCUCAGGUUCUGCCAGUGACAGCACGCCUGAGGCUACCUCGCCCAGGUGGAUUUCCUUGUGAUCAUCCAGGGCUUAAAGACACUAGUAAUCCUAUUGUAUUACAAAGACCUACUGUUUGCUUUUAUAAGGAUUUUGUAAGAGGAUUUGAGAUAUAAAAUGAAAAUUGGAGGGCCAACAGGCAUGGCCAAGAAAGUAGAGUUGUAUAGAGCAUAUGGUAGCAAUUCUGCAGACACUGCCAGGGUGUGCAGAGGGAAGGAGUGUGCCGGUAACAUGGAACUUCUCAGGGUGCAGGGCUGGACUGCAGGGCAGCAGGGAGGGGACAUUGUACUGUGGUGACUCAGAGAUGGCUCCCUAGUCCACAGCCAAGUGGAUUAACCAUAGCCAUUGUUAAAUGUCAAAGGGACUUGCCUCAUGCCCUACUUUCAGUUGGCGAGUCACUUUCUCCUUUUGGGGUUUGGUGCAAUACCAUACAUGGAAAUUUUUGGGCUUCUUUAAUGAUGAAUCAUAAGUGAACCAAAAACAAAGUGUGAUUCAGGACUUUUAUUGCCUGGCAUUGUUUUUAUGCUCCACAAUGAGCAGUCAGUAUAUGUAUAUGUGGUAUGACUCAUACAUACCAAAUAGCUAUUUAUUGCUUUUAUGAUGAAGUGGAGGAAUUUGAUAUAUUGACUUCUUAUUAUGCAAAACAGAUUAUUUAUUUUCAAGAAAUACCUUAACUUAUUUAAUUAUGUAUGACAGUACUGCCAUUGAUAUUUAUACCAAAAUAUGAUGUCAUCUAGCAUGUUAACAUGGAGAUGCAUGUUCAUUGGACAGCUCUCUUGCUAAAGGACUUGAGUUAUUUAUUCAGGCAUUUUGUCUCUGCAGAGUGUUAUAUUUUGAUAAAAUAAAAAGUGGACUAUGAACCUCAAA